UUAAACUGUAUCAAAUAUGGCGCUGAUUUAGGUAGUUCUUUCAAACUCUGGAAUCAGUUGUUUUAUUUAAAGUUAAAGUAUAUAGAUUUCUAUUAAGCUUAUAUAGGAACUGUCAUGUCGGUAUCUACUGACAAACGGCUCAAGCGUGUGACGGUUGACCUAGUGGACUGUGAGGGGGACGUGGCUAAGCGGGACCCGAAAUGUGCAGAUCAGAGUUUGGCGGAAUCAUUUGACUGGAGCCAGCUGCCGUACGAGAUUGUACUGAACGUCUUCCUUUACCUGAUCGACAACAGCGACAAGUACCACGCCGCCCUCACCUGCAAGUCUUGGCUCCGUCCACUCUCAGAGCCGUCCUUAUGGCAGUCCGGAAAUUUUGUUUUCAACUCUCAGAGCGACCAGAAAGCGAUCAAAUUUGUAAAAAAAAUUGGGAAAUAUCUACGUCACAUCCAAGCGGAUUGUCCAGUACAGAAAGAUGGGGCAUCUAGUAUCGAUGAACUGUACGAGUUUCUAGCUCACCUGAACAACGCACGCAACAAACAGCUGCUGACCUUCAAGCUGACCAACUUUGUCCACGUGUUGCCGCGUGUUGCAGGUCAGUUACGGCGGUACCCGUCGGAUGUCGUGAAGCUCCUGAGAAAACUCCUGGGGGCCCAGCUGCAGCUCCGCGUGUUGGAGCUCAGUAAUUGCCAGGUGGCCUUUUACAAAGCCGUGAAGCUGUUGACUGCAGCAAGCCAAAACUGUGCCAACACACUACACACUUUGGCCAUCGACAGAAUCGGCAGCUACAGCAAUGAUGAUACUGAUAUACCAAGUACUUUGGUGCCCGUCAUCUGUUGUUUCAGAAACUUGGCAGACCUGGAGCUGAGCUAUGAAUACCUGUGUGAUGACCUACUGCUAAAACUGGCCACUAAAACAACAAGCCUGAAGGUGCUCACAAUUCGAGCUGAAAACGACUCAAUGGAGGAGGAGGAGGAGGUUGGAACGACCGCUCCAGCAUGGAAGAAGCUUACAAAGGCUUGUCCCGAGCUAAGAACAGUGGUGUUCAUCAAACAGACAUAUGAAUGCUACUUUGACCAAACAACAACCACAGUUCUCCAGCCCUCUAUGCCGCUUUAUGAAGUUCACUGGAACGCAGGAAGGUUGAUAGCGAUAGAGAGCAUUGAGCUGUUCUUUCAACACGUCGCUCGCCACUUCCAGAAAUCGAUGCAUAAUCUGGAGCUACAGACUGGCACCGGCCUAGACAUGGAGUGCUUUGAAGUGUUGUUCAAGAGUUUACAGCCUUGCAAAAAUCUGGACACCUUGUCGCUAGGUUUGACCUGUGAGACGAGUGAUGACGUAGAGAAGUACAAUCUGACCAUCAGAGAUGUCAUGGCUCUGUACCCAGUGUCAUGUGACGUCACACUGAACGGUGAAAAAGUGAAUUAAAACUUAUCGUUGUGACUCGUGUUGUGGGUGCUAUACAGUGCGCCAUGUGCUGGGUGCUGUAUAGUGCACUAUGUUGAACGUUUUAUGAAUGUUUUCAUUUAUUAAAACAAUUUUAAACAAAUCAU